GAUAUGGUCUUAAAAAUAAAACAUUUCAUUUAGCAUGUUUCAUAGCUAGUAACUAUUGGAAAGCACUUGGACAUGAUCAAGCUGAUUGCAUUGAUUUGUUGUCAGAAUUUCAUAAAUAUAUUCGUUAUGAAGAACCUUAUGAU